AUGCGUCUCUACAAUACGCUGGUCGGCGAGGAUAGGGAAUUUGCUCCCGCCGACGGCAAAACCGUAAAAAUGUAUGUUUGUGGUGUGACCCCUUACUCGUCCACUCACGUUGGGCACGCCCUCAGCUACGUAGUCUUUGACACCCUCCGCCGCUACCUGGCGUACCAGGGCUACCAGGUCAAGCACAUCCAGAACUUCACCGACGUUGACGACAAGAUCAUUCUGCGGGCCCAGGAAGCGGGCAUCAGCGAGGAGGAGUUGACUGCCCAGUAUAUCGAGGACUUCUUCCGCACAACGGAUGCCCUGAACAUCCUCCGCGCCGACGUUUACCCCCGGGCGACCCAGGAAAUCGAACCCAUCCUGGACACCAUUCAGAGCCUGGUGGACAAGGGUUUUGCUUACCCCGCCGCCGGCGACGUCUAUUUCCGGGUCAACAGGAAGGACGACUACGGCAAGCUCAGCCAUCGAACUCUGGAGGGAAUGAUAGCCGGGGCCCGUAUCCAGGUGGACGAAGACAAAGAGCACCCUAUGGACUUCGUGCUCUGGAAGGGAGCCAAGCCCGGUGAACCCUUCUGGGACAGUCCCUGGGGACCGGGACGCCCCGGCUGGCAUAUCGAAUGCACUGCCAUGUCCCUGCGUUACCUGGACUACCCGCUGGACAUCCACGGUGGCGGCCAAGACCUGAUUUUCCCCCAUCAUGAAAACGAAAAUAGCCCAGAGCGAGGCCCACACUGGCAUAACUCCCUUCGCCCACCACUGGGUCCACAACGGUUUGCUGCAGUUAGGUGA